AUGUCAAGGAAUCGCCCACGAGCUGCUGCUACUGCCAUUCCUCAGUCGCCUUUGCCGCUCGCUCGAGCAGACCUUUCGCUUUCCCAGCCGGACAUGGUUUACUUUCAGCACUUUGACCGCCAAGUAAGAGCGGCUCUUCCUGCAUCGCUGCACAGCUUCAACCUGCAAGCGCGGGACUGUGCCUUCCUUCAGUAUUCCAUUCUCUGCUUGGCAGCGUCGAAUCUCUCCACCCUCGACGCAUGCUUGACGCAGCGCAAUCUGGUCGGCGAUGCAAGAAGGUCAACUGCCAGCCCGAGUCCGAAUAUCCUCCACAGCUAUCAUGCCCAACAGUACUGUGAGCUUGCGACGGGGCAGGAACAAAGCCAUGAGCCUCAAGACACGUCGCUCAUUCUCAUCGGCAAGGUCCUUCUCGCCUAUUACCAGCACGCUUCAACGGACCAUUUUCGAUUCCGCCUCGCGGUACUCGAGACUGCCGAGUUCGUCCGCAGGCACCGGCACGACAUCACGAGGUCGCCCACGGGCGAUAUUGCUUUGCAGUUGUGGUACCGUCUACGUACCUCGCACCGCCCGGCAGAAUGGUUGGAGCUAGCGGCUGGUAAUGACGAGUCCGGCUCGGGGAAGAAACACUUUGCUUCGACUUCGGAAGACGAGGACAUAUAUUUGGCUUGCAUCGUGGGGCUAUCUCCGGACGAUUUGCUGCAUGAUAUCAUGCUCAAAGCCAUGGAGCUUAGGAGAAGAAUGGUAUUCUAUCAUUGCACGGCCGCCGUGCAGAACGGUUCUGAGAGGUUGCCAGUCCACGUAACCGAAUCCAGUUCUAUUGCCCCCAGUCACUUGCUCGCGUUACUUGAUAUCCAGAGAAGAAGACUUGAGGUCUGGAAAAGCAGGGUCGCGGCAGAGAAGGCAGGUUCUGGGUGCCAUGCCACUGCAGCGGGCAUCACGUCGCCAAAUCUAAGCGUGUUCAAGCUCAUGGAUCACCGACACAGGAUGAACCACCUGUCCUGCCUUCUGUGCAGGCUCAUCUUCACCCGCGCAACCGCUUACGAAGGGGCAGCGGUCGACCAGGACCUCAAUAGCGCCAUUCUACACGAGGUUGUCGACACGAUUGACGGAAUCGACCCGACAAUAUCCAAUCUGGUGGAUGUGUAUGGGUACAGUCUCUCCGAGAUCCUGUUGCAACUCUCAUACAACAUGCCAUCGGCGACAUACUUCGACUACAUCUUGGAUGUUGUCUGGCCCCGCCUGGAAGUAUGCGGGCGGGGCUAUGAAAAUUCUCAUCUGCCGACUCACCUCGCCAAGAGAAUCAUUGCUCUGAUGGCGGAGGAAUGGCAGUGUUCGCGCAGGAUCCUACUGGUGGUGCUGGCGGCAUCGCCGAACACGCCCAAAGCAGUGCUGUACGACAUUCAUCAUUGUUUUGAUGUCCUGCUGUAUGGCUAUGACCUGGAGCAAGGAGCCUUUUUCGUCAACAAGGUGUCACUCCCCUGA